AUGGAUUACGUUCAGAAAUGCUUCUAUGAUGCUUCUGGAUGGAAUGAUGAUCUGUCAUAUGAGCAGAUUCUUAGAACUUCCAAUAACCUGAUGCAUUUUCCUAUACCAAGUGGCUUUAAACUAUCAAUCUCAUCGAAGAAUACAGAGUAUAGUUACAGUUCUUUAACACUAUCACAAUUAAGCCGUCUAACAGGAUCACUUUCCUAUCUUUACUCAUCAAUUGAUCUCAAAAAUACCUAUCUUGGAACAGCGUCUCUUCCUUUACGAUUGAUUCUUGAUGAUUAUCGAUUUGUCAAAUCACCUCAACAGCAAAGACUUCAAGAUGCUCAUUUCACUCCUACAGGUCAGCCAAGACCCUGUAUUCUCUACGGUAAGAUGUACUUUCCUUCACAAUUUCUAGAAGGUAUGUUGAUUAAACGUAUCUCGAAAAAUGUUCAGUUGAUGAUGAAGUUCAUCAAUACUCCUAAACUACGCAAACUGGCUAACAAUUCAACCAUAGUUACUCUCUAUCUUCAGAGACAGAAGGGUAACAGUUCCACCGACUUUAUAUUCUCCUCCAAUGAAUCUCUUCUUGGCUUUCGUUGUCUCUAUAAGAUUGGCUCCGACUUAUCGUCUUCUCCUGGUGGCAUUUCAGACUCUACUUCACUAUCACUAGGCUUUGAGCUUUGGUUCGCAUUGAUGUCUAUGUCACCCGGUUUAUCCACUGCCCUUAGAUACUCCACCCAUCUUUCUUCUUCCGGUAAACCUCUUACUAUGACAUUGGCUCUAAAUCCCUUACUUGGAACUAUAGAAUCAACCUAUGCCAUUAAAUCUGGACUCAAUUCAACUCUAUCUUCCAAAUACACUUUCAAUAUCUAUUCUUAUGAAUCAGACCUUUUGUUUGGAUUUAGUUUAUUGAGGUCUUCCGAGCCACCAAAUAGAGCUGUGCCACCAAAAAGUCCUUUGCCAAGUACUCUGCCAAUCACCUCCUCAAGACACCAACCUUUCAAAUCACUGGACGAAGAAACCCACCAUAGACUUCUUACUACCUUUAUGGGAAUCAAUCCAGGGAAAUUGGUUACAGAAAAUAAUGCACGACACUUUAUGGACACUUUUAAUCACCUGAACUUUAGUUCCGGCUUGAAAUGCUGUGCUAGUAUCGCCAAAAAGGACCUUAAUGUAGCCUGGGAAGGUCGCUUCAAAGACCUGCUGAUUAGCUCUGGACUUAGAAUCGACUGUAGUGAAGCAAUACCUAAGAUGGGUAAGUAUGGUAUUGAAAUACAGUAUUCAUCUUGA